GAGAACAGUUUUCCGGUUUGCUUGCAGGCCUCGUUAAAAGUCUCGUGAGUGCACCCUCCACGCAACGCAGGAUAUCGGUGAAGGAUGCCUUCCACAUCGACAAAUUUGGCUCGUCGGACGUCUUCCUGCGGGCAGUUCCACCCCCUGUCGUGGCCGCGUCCCCGGAUGAGGCACCGUUACAGGAGCCCGCCUGGUCGCCUCCCUCGGGUGUCACCGCCACCUCUACGCCCCCCUGUACCACCAGCAGCAGCAGCACUGCCGUCGUCGUGGGGUGGUGCGUGAAGGGUGGCUGCGACCAGCGCUUCGCGUCGUGGGAGGCACACUUUCACCACCACACAGUGGCGCACGUCAAGGCGCACCACUUCGUAUGCCCGCGCUGCGCGGCCAACAUACGGGACUCAGACCGCGAGGCCCAUCUGAGGAACCACGCUAGAAGUGCAUACUUCUGCAGCAUCUGUCCGGCUUCGUGCGUAAGCCCGUUGUCACUUCAAAACCACUUGGUCCACUUUCAUCGACGCAUUGGCGCUGGUGCUGCGUACGAUAUUCACGAGACCCCCACGAGGAGGCGGUCGCAGCCUGCGCGCCUGGGAGGCCUGUCGUCCCGUGCGCCCUGGCUUCGGCAGACCAAGAUGAAGAGCUCCAAAAGACCCGGAACGAGCGUGCAGGCUUGCGGACUCGACAUCCCUAGGGUCCCGCGAAGGGGGCAGCCUCACGGCUUACCCUCUGACGGAACUCCGACUUCCAGCCUCUCGGGGAUGACGGCACCAAGUUCGCAUCGCCCGGGCUUGACGGACUUAAAUCGCGUCUCGUCGAUUUCUGAGCAAGAUUCUAGUCUGGCCACCCAGGGAGACUCGCCUUCUGUACAUCAGGACUGUCAGGGGUCUGCAGUAAUAAGGACGCUGCACGUCAGUGCUAGUGGCUGCCAUUCUGCAAGUGAUGGCACUGCUAGAAGAAACGUUUCUGCCGAUCUACCCUCAACAGGACGUGGUCCUGUUGCCGAUGAUCCACCAGCUUGCAGCCCCAAACGCGCAGGAGCAGCGUAUGCGCCCCAAAAGGAAGGCUCUAUUGUUGGGUGGUGCAGCAAUGCCAGCUGCAGUGAGUCAUUCACCUCCUGGGAGGACUUCGUCGAGCACUACCGAGCGGCUCACCACGUCGCAAGACCCGGUUCCAUUCUCUGCCCACUUUGCCUGGCAAAUCCGAUGUGUCCAGCUAUACAUGUGGAGAUGCACAGCGGAGUGGCAAACAAGUACAACUGCAGGAGCUGUUCUGCAAAGCUUCUUGGAACCCUUAAGCUAAAGUUGCACAUGUACGACUUUCACCGCGUAAGCGAGUAGGAUAGUGGUCAAAAUUUAUUCGCGAUCGUCGGUUACAGUGACAAGGCCAAGUUAAGUGAUUGGUAGAUAAAACAGACGAAAAGAGCAGCCACCCGACAAAACUAUAUUACUGUAUUAUCAAAAUGGUGCUACAAUGUAAAUGUGUCCUGCCAACAAGUUUAUUGUGCUAUUGUGAUAUUAAAAAAUGUGGGAAACGUUCAA